UCUCCAACCUGGUUGAGCCGAACCAUUCCAUUCCUCCAUUCCCCAGCACACACCUAGAUCCAGCAACCACACCAUGGCAGCAGCGCCGCCGGCGCUCCCGGACGAGCAAGAUCAUCCUCCUCCUCCGCCUCCCACCCGACGACCCGGUCUGCCUCCUCCGCGCCUCCCUCGUCUGCAAGGCCUGGGGUUGCGUCGUCUCCCGCCCCGGAUUCCGCCGCCGCCUCCACGAGCUCCACUGGGCACCCCCCCGUGCUCGGCUUCCUCCUCCAGGACUGGAGAAACAAGCGCGUCCCCCGCUUCAACCCCAUCACCGCUUCGUCCUUCUCCCUCGCCGUACCAGAGUCUGCGCAACAAGCCUGCUGACAUCCGCGUCGCUUCCAGUGACUGUAGCAGCCAAGAAGGAGCUGCCUGUUUGUGGGGGCGGGUCUCAAGACGGAGCUAUUUGGGCUUGAAGGAGUUCAUUGCCCCCCUCCGUGUGGACUGAUUAACACUUCUUCAAAGGGACAGCUAGGUACCCCCUUUUUUAAUUUAUGUUUUCAGUUUGUGUCAUCUUUAUGUCAGUCAAAUUCAGUUUUCCUUUCAGUCUUCUUAGUCUCAAGUUUUAGUAUCCUUAUUAGUUUGAGUGUUGCUCCACUGGUGAUUCAAAAAUAUUCAUGAAUUUGGAAAAAGUUUGCAGAUUUCAGAAAAGGUUCAUGAAUUUUUUUUAAGUCUUGGAUUAAAAAAAUUCAUGGGUUUGAUUUUUUUCAUGAAUUGGAAAAAGUGCGCGCAUUUGAAUCCUCUGCAAAAUUGAAAAAAGUUCAUGAGUUGAAAAAUUGUACAUGAAUUUAAAAAAACAUGGAUUUGAAACAAGUUCACGGGUUUUGAAAAAAGGUUAAUGAAUUUGUAAAAAGUUCAUGGCGAUCGGGCAUGGACGGGGGCAGUGCAACUCUAGCACAGACAGGGAGUCAAUAGUUGGAUGCAGAAUGGGCGACCAGAUUCUAGGCAGGAGCCGGCAUAGCUUGUACGGGCGGUGCCGAAGUGCGGAUGACCGGCGGGUGGUCAAACAUGAGAUGUGGUAGUGCUGGAAGGACCGGAUAUUUUUAGGCGGCUGCUAAAUCAUCCGCCUAGCCAGCCGUCCGAUCUGCCCCUGGUGGCCGUUCGAUCACGGCAACACAGCCCCACUCCAUGUCUUCCUCCUCUGAUCCCAUUUCACGAGAGAAACACAGCACCCAUUGUGGCACAUGUGUCGUGGGACCUCGCGGCACCGAGCCAUCGGCGAGCACUGCAACGCAGCUCCAAGAGCCGCCCGCGACCGCUACAUCGCCGACGGUCCUCCGGGAGCCCGGCGUGCAGCACCGGGACCACUGGCGUGCGGCUCCAUGGCAACACCAAGCGCGGCAAGAAAACUUCAAUGCACCGACGACGUCUCCGGUGAAGCUUCAUUGCAGCUCCAGCAGCACUCCAUUGCAGCCCCGGGCGGCGCUCCAUUGCAACUCUAGCACGCGACAAAAAGCUCCAACGCAGCACCGGUGGCGAGCAGCUCAGCCUCCUCCUGCGUGCUGCGUUGCAGCAUCGGCGCCCGCCUCCGGCCUUUGCACUGCGUUGCAACACCGGCGGUGAGCAGCCCAGCCUCCUCCUGCGUGCUGCGUGCAUCACUGGCGGCGAGCGGUGUCGCCCUCCUGCCUUCGUGCUGCGUUGCAACACCGGCUGUGAGGAUCAACAGCUGGUGGUUGCGACGCCCCUCAUUCGCGGCACCAACAGCAACUAAUUGUGCCGGGAUGCAGCAGGUGCUGGUUGCCGUCGUCCCUCCCGAUUCGCAGCAGUGGUGGCUGGUGGUCGGCGUUGCCAUGGAAGCCCUCCCCUCUCAGAUGUGAACAACGAGAGAUGGGGAAAGGAAAGAGACGAACGUGGAGAACGCGUGGAGGAGAGUGAAGGGAUAAGGCUGAGGGGAAGCGGUGGACUAGCCCACAAGGGCACGUGUCGAGCAGGGGACAAGGUUUACAAAAUGAGAGAUCAGUCGGUUGGAAAUAAACGUUUUUCAUAUUUUUAUCACUUGCUCUGUUCACCAUAUACACGACUGACAUGUGGGCUCACUUUUGUUGAGGUGUUUUUCUAAGAAAACUAUUAUAGAAAUGAGGGACACAAGUGUCUUUUCAUGUGCCAAUUAAUACCGUUUGCUGAAAAUAUGGAGGGUAGUGUUGGGAAGGAAAUUCGGAACCGAUGUCAAAUAGGGAAGAAAAUAAUUUUCAGAUCAAAUAGGAGAGACAUGCCUAACCCCUUUUAACAAACUGCUUGGGCUGAAGCAUUCCACUCAACCACCCAGAUCCAGAUCUAGAGACCACCAUGGCAGUAGAGUUGUUGACGCUCCCGGGUGAGCUCUUCGAAGAGAUCCUCCUCCGGCUUCCCCCCGAUGAGCCAGCCUGCCUCCUCCGUGCCUCCCUUGUUUGCAAGGCCUGGGGUUGCGCCGUCACCUGUCCCAGCCUCCGCCGUCGCCUCCACGAGCUCCAUCGUACAACCCCCGUGCUUGGCUUCCUGCACGACCGUCGCGACGAGAGCAUCUCAGACUUCAUCCCCACCACAAUAUCGUCCUUCUCACUCACCGUUCCAGACCGCCGGUGCUGGCGGGCCCUCAACUGCCGCCACGGUCGGGUCCUCUUUCUCUCUAACUCCAAGGGCCAAAACACCGAGGAAUUUCUCCUGUGGGAGCCAAUCACGGGUGCCCAACAGCGCAUACCGGCGCCCGUGGCUUACGACAACAUAAGUGCGAACGUGAUUGUGUACCCACCUGCCGCCGUGUUCUGCACAGCGGACGGGUGCGACCACCACGACUGCCUGGGGGGGCCUUUCUGCGUGUUGUUCAUCUUCUCUGUCAACAACGUAGACACUGACGAUGACACUGACGACGACGGUUUCACGUGGGCAGGCAUAUACUCGUCAGAAACUGGCACCUGGGGCGAGCUGACCUCAUUGCACCCCUUCUGGCCCAUGUGCUUCACAUUUUAUUCCAGUGUGCUUGUUGGGAGGUCUUUGCUCUACUUCAUGUUUGAUGAUGGGUCCAUCCUAGAGUAUGACCUUGCACGGCACGGUCUGGCUGUGGUUGAUCCACCUGAGUCAGACUACAUCGACCAAUGUAACAUCAUGCUGGCGGAGGACGGCGGACUAGGUGUUAAUGAAGUUAUGAAUUUGCACCUCAAAUUGUGGGCACGGGAGGCGAGUGAUAUCACUGAUGCACGAUGGGUGCUGAGCCGAGUCAUCUACCUCGGCAGUUUGCUCCCAAUUAGUGCUUUUGUGGAUGCAGAGACUAGAGUGCUAGUGUUGGGCUUUGCCGAGGGAGCAAAUGUCAUCUUCGUGACCACGGUUGCUGGCGUCUUCAUGAUCAAACUACAAUCAAAUGAGGUGAGAAAGGUGUGCGAUGAUCAUGGCUUUCGUAAUUUGAUUCCAGUUGUCAGCUUCUACACUCCUAUGCCUCGAGUUGAGCACAAGGAUCUGUCGUUGAAGCAUAGUGAGGAGGCAGAUGGUACCGACCAAGAAGGGGAGGAGGAGAAGACAGCAGAUCAUGCACAACAGUUGAUUAACAAUGGGUCCAAUGUUAACAAGGAGGGGGACUUUGUCAACAUCCUCGAAUGCGCUAUCCAUGCCACAGAGAACAGGGUUCCACCUUGUGGGGAAGUUGCUCCAAAGUGUACCGGCACGGUCAACAAAUAUGGAUGCAGCUUGCUAUGUGAAGCUCAAGAGGCGUCUGAUCCUUUGGGUGAUGUCCCCAAGAGUGCGCGGAAUGAAGAGUCCGCGAAGAGUUCAGAUAGAAUCCACAAAGAUGGUGCUGGGAACUCAGAAAACCUGCAGUAGCAAUGUCGAUGAUGCUCCAAUUUCAGAGAAAGGUGAUUCUGAAUAAUGUGUUCUACAUACUCGCGACUCAGGGCUGUAGUGGCGAUGCCAGGGCCGCAGUACUGUGCGUUGAAAUACUCUUAAGUUUGCAUUAUUAUCUAGGCAUAUGUAUAUGGAAUAAUUUCUCAAACCAGUCGUGGAACCCUCUGCCAUCAACAUGGCACAGAUUGAAGUGUGUUUGGGACUUGGAACAGUUUGCUAUGUGGACAUAUAUCUUAAACUAUCACCAUCAUUCAUUCGAUA